UCUGUUGGAAACCCAGUCUUUGCAUGAAGCAGACGAAGAUAUGGUCACUGAUGUUGAUUUCACCAGUAUGAUUUCUGAAGAGGAAAAAGAGGAGUUAAAGGCUGAGCUGGCCAAGCUAGAGGAUGAAAUUUCAACUUUGCGGCAAGUACUAGCAGCCAAAGAAAAGCACCUGAUUGAAAUUAAACAAAAGCUUGGCAUGAGCCUGAUGAAUGAGCUGAAGCAGAACUUUAGCAAAAGCUGGCAUGAUAUGCAGACAACUUCUGCGUACAAGAAGACACAUGAGACCCUGAGCCAUGCAGGACAAAAAGCAACAGCAGCUAUCAGCAACGUAGGAACUGCUAUCAGCAAGAAGUUCGGAGAUAUGAGGUACAGAAGCUGCUGUUUCACUGUCCUUACUUUGAGGAGAAGCACCAUAAAAGCCUUUCUUUCUGGUCUACAUUAGUGUUCUUAUAUUUCAAGUAGUUGGAGUAUUUUAUAACUUUCAUUGUUUUGAACCAAAAAGAAGGGGUAACAAUGAAUGAAGGUAACAUUUUUACUUGACUCCUGCUUUUAUCAGUAAACAAAUAAAUAAUGCUUUUGGAACAACUUAGCACCUGGAGGAAAUGUACAAUAAAAUGGAAUAAAAUACUGCAGUAAGAUCUCUAUUAACACAGUUUUACUCAUACAUGCAUUGUGGACACAAAGACCAUCUGAGAAAAACAAGCGUACUGUAGAUAUGUAUGUGGAAAGAUAAAUAAUAAAGAAAUAUUUCAGGCUAUUUUUAUCAUCUCUUUCAGGAUGUACAAAAGAUGUAACAAAAGUAGUACCAUAUCCUGAGGAUGGAUUUUUAUUAUUUAGCAAACUCUUACUGCCUUGUUCAUUUUUCUUUUUCUUUAUUCUUUUUAUUUGAUCUGUUUCAUCAUAGGAGACAGAUAAACUAUGAUGGAAAUAACGGAGAUUGAGGGGAAGAAUUACCACUGAAGUACUUAAAUAUCAGUCUUCAUAUAUUGCUGUAUCUUUGAAAGUAUUAAACCUAAGGUUCCUCAGAAUGAGAGCACAAAAGAAGAAAUCGUAAACUGUAAAUCAACACUUAAGUUUUCAGUUUGGCAGCAGGAUUAUAGAAUUUCUUCUUGGGUGUUUGGUGGAGUUGAUUUAUUUUUUGUGAUGAAAUAAAUGGACUUGAAUGUUAGAAUUAGGGUCUCAUUUGUUAGUGAUACUAGAGUACGUUUCUUGUCAUUUUCACUGUAUUAAUUCAUUUUACAGUACUUCAAAUACUUUUUGGUUUUUUUAUGCAAUUUUUUUUUCCCCCACUCAUUUCUUAAUCCGAAUCUUCUGAAAUCUUUAGUCAUGUCUACCUCUUACAUACAGCCAAACAAAACCUCUAUGAAAGCACUACUGCUUUUCUAGGUGCAAGUUGAAAAAAAAGGAAAAUCUUCAUCACAGUAUUAUCCGCCUUACAAUGUUUGUUUCCACAUUAAAGUUGAAAAUCUAGUCAGUGGCUUUGCAACUAGCUUAUGAACAUAAGCUAAGAGCUGUUUGACUUCAUAUACUUAAACAUCUCUCAGUAUAUAUGCCUGGUCUUCCUUUUCAUGCUUCCUGGGUCUUCUGUAUGAGAAAUACUGAAUAUAGUCCUAAUGUUGUCUUUUGUGUUAUUCACAGUUUCCUGGGGUUUUAUAUUUUUUCUAGUCUCAGGCUUAGUUGUGUAUGGUUUUUAUUUUCACAUUCUUUUUCUACCACUAUUUACUCUUACUGCCCUUCCUUCUUUCAUAGUUGUAUUGUGUAUAUUUGAGAAAUUCAUGACAAGGAGUUUGUGUGCCAUGUGGCACGCACAUCCUAUGUUCUUUCCUCACACUUACUUACGUAACAGAGACAAAGCCAGUGCUUGGUGAACAGUGCUGCUGCUUUAGUGCUUUGGGUCCUUACAGCAGGCAGCAGGGAUCAGAGUUGAUGUGCACACUGGUUCCUGAUGGUAGAUGGAAGGAUGAUCAACAAUUCAGUACUUUUUAGGUCCUGUUACUGUGCUUUGUGUAGGGUGGGAAAUUGCUGCAAAUGCAGAAAUGUCUUCACUGUAAUAGAGCAUGUUUUUCUUUUAAUAUUGCCUUUAAUUACUGACUGCUAUCAAAUUAGUUUCUAUUCCCUGUCAGUACCAACCCCCCACCCCAUGGUGAUUGUGCUUCUGACUAACACUUGGAAAGCAGAUGGGUGGUAUUUAUCUCAUUAGCCCUUUAGCCAAGAGGCUGAGUCCGUAAGCAUUUGAAUUAAUCUAUAAGCUUGGUUCUAGUAGAUUUCUGUGAUAAAAAGCAUUAUCUCAAAUGUGGUUGGGAAAUUUUUAGGAAAAUAUGAACUUAUCAGCUUUGCCAUUUUUUAAUUUUUACUUAUCUAUUUAUUUAUUUUUGUGGAGGCAUGCUGUUUUUGUUUUCUAGGCACAUGACAAUGAAGAAGCAAGAACCAGAGCCAGUGCCCCCUACUUACAUGAAGCAUGGCAUGAAUCGGGCAUGCUACAUUUGCUGAACACCCUAAAUCUGGAAUAACUAUGUGCUUACUCCAGCAAUGAAGCUGGCAUAAGAUACAUCUCUGGGUGGGGUCGCACUGUAAACCUUACCACUUAAAUGGCCUGGUUUAAAAAUAUUUUUUCCUACUCUAGUGCUGGCUAUGGUUGGA